GACAAAACCACCGAAAGGCUCCGGCCGGAGUCAACAAGUCCCGGCCCCGGAAGUACAUAUCGGGGCUGGGGACCUUCAUCCUAAGCGACAAAAAGAUUUAGAUAAGUUAGUAUGAGCUUAGAGGGCUCUUUGAUGAAUUUAUUUUGGCAUUCUCUCAAGGUCCGAAGUUUUCUUGCUCCCCGGUCCGAAUCUCCAGGAGGCAUGAUGAUAAUUCGGCCAGCCUUGGGUCAUCAUGGCAGAAACAGUGCACAAUUCUAUAUCACCAACGUAUUUAAUCACUGACAACUUAACCAAUGUUUUCUCAUAUUACACUUGAAAUCACAAGCCAUUGCCAGAAUAACAUCUUCUUCUACAUCUCGACGUCUUCAUCAAUUGCCCAUCAUGGCCACCGAGCUCAAAGAAUACCUCGUCCACAUCCCUGAUCUUCCCGACGUCCUAGCCAAGCGACAAGUCCUCCUCAAACCUCACAACCAAGACGCUGCUCCCCUGGUCAAAGCCGGUCGCGUACCCUUCUUCGGCAGCACCCUUGCUCAUCACAGCGCCGAGGGCCAACAAGUCGCCGAAAAUGGAACAGUCAUGAUCAUCAAGGCUGAGAGUGAGGAGGAGAUCAAGGAGAUUAUUCGGAAGGAUAUUUUUACUAUUGAGGGAGUUUGGGAUUUCGGAAAGUUGUCUAUUUGGCCUUUCAAGAUUAUUGCAACUCUUGUAACCCUCGCUAGCAUGCGUAAUCAUCGAGAUAAUUCCUGGGUGGUGCAAAAGUUUGGAGGGACCAGUAUUGGUAAAUUCCCAGACAAGGUUGCUGAGAUUGUGAAGAGUGCCAGACUGGGGGGCGAUAGACCAGCUGUGAUAUGUUCCGCACGAAGCUCAGGCAAAAAGGUAUUCGGAACAACAAGUAGACUACUACAAGUCUAUCGGACAUUGAGAGGCAUUGUAGCCAUAACUCAAGAUCCUGAUAUGCAAGAAUUGCUAUUCGACCGACUUCGCAGCAUUAUUAGAGAUAUCCGCGACGACCAAGUCGCCACUGUCCAAAUAUUCGUCCUGAGACAAGAUAUCCGCGAAGAGACAAUUCGACAGAUCACAGCGGACUGCCAAGAACUACUUGACUACACAUCCGCAGCCAAACGCUUCAAUCUCGACAUCAAUGGCAAAGCAAAAGACAAAAUGGUCAGCUUCGGUGAGAAAUUGAGCUGUCGACUCAUGGUCGCUAUGUUACGAGACAGAGAUAUCCCAGCGGAAUAUGUGGAUCUCUCAGACAUUGUGCCCAGCAAUAAUUUGGGUCAGUUGAAGCCAGAAUUCUUCCACGAAGCUGCUGCUGUCUUUGGAAAGCGAGUUGAAGCUUGCAAUGGAAGGGUUCCCGUCAUCACUGGUUUCUUCGGCGCGGUUCCGGGGAGUUUGAUCGAUAGUGGUAUCGGAAGAGGAUACUCUGACUUGUGCGCUGUUUUGGUGGCGAUCGGUCUGCACGCAGAAAGAGUACAGAUCUGGAAAGAAGUCGAUGGCAUCUUUACAGCUGAUCCCAGAGAAGUCCCUGACGCGAGAUGUUUGCCUUCGAUUACUCCAUCAGAAGCAGCUGAACUUACGUUCUAUGGAUCGGAGGUCAUUCAUCACCUUGCACUCUCUCUGGCAAUUCAAGCGAAGCCUCCAGUUAGCAUCUUUGUCAAAAAUGUGCAGAAGCCAUGGGGUCAAGGAACUGUUGUUGUUCCCAGUGAUGGAGACGAGACGUCUUCGUGGCCGAUUGACUACCUGGAUCCCUCUGAUUCGGAUAGUACUUCGUCUACAGCACUGCCGAAGAUGCCGACUGCUGUUACUAUCAAGAGAGACAUCACCGUCUUCAACAUUCUGAGCAACAAACAGUCCAUGUCUCACGGCUUCUUCGUCAAAGUCUUUACAAUCCUUGCAGACCACGACAUUUCCGUGGAUCUCAUUUCGACAUCUGAGGUUCAUGUGUCUAUGGCAAUCAACAGUUCCAACAUGGAUCCAGCUCAAGUCAAGAAUGUUCAGUGCAGACUCGCUGAGGAAGGAGAGGUGAACGUGUUGCCGGAUAUGGCUAUUCUGAGUCUCGUGGGUGCUGAGUUGAAGAACAUGACCGGCAUUGCCGGGAGGAUGUUCGCUAUUUUGGGGGAGCAGCAUGUGAACAUUGAGAUGAUCUCGCAAGGCGCGAGUGAGAUUAACAUAUCCUGUGUGAUUCCGGAUAAGGACGCCACCCGGGCCCUGAAUAUGCUGCAUGACGAAUUAUUUACGAAGAACAUCCUCUAG